AUGGAUCUCCUGUCGGCGUCCUACGAAGACGACACGGUCGCCUGGUACGAGAGCGACGGGUCCCUGUCGUUCACGGAGCGCAUCGUCACGACGCUGGCGGAUCACGCCCGCAUGGUCUUCGCCAUCGACGUCGACGGCGACGGCGACGUCGACGCGCUCUCGGCGUCCGUCGACGACGACACCGUCGCGUGGUACGAGAACGACGGCUCCGAGUCCUUCGCCGAGCGCGUCAUCACGACGCUCGCGCACUACGCCUACGCGAUCUACGCGCUCGACGUCGACGGCGACGGCGACGUCGACGUCCUGUCGACGUCCUACACCGACGACAAGCUCGCGUGGCGGGAGAACGACGGCGCCGAGUCGUUCGCGGAGCGCGCGGUCUCGCACUCGCUCGCGGGGCCGACGUGCCUUGUCGCAGCCGACGUCGACGGCGACGGCGACGCGGACCUGCUGGCGGCGUCCUGGCCCGACGACGCCGUCGCCUGGUUCGCGAACGACUGCGCCGCGCCGACGCCGCGGCCCACAACCCAUUGCGCGAGCGUCGCGUUCUCCGAGCGCGUGCUCGCGGCGGGCGCGGACGGCGCCACCGCCGUCUUCGCCGUCGACGUCGACGGCGACGGCGACAUAGACGUGCUGUCGGCGUCUUCCAAAGACGACACGGUCGCGUGGUACGAAAACGACGGGUCCCAGUCCUUCACCGAGCGCAUCAUCACGACGCUUGCGGACGGCGCUUUCUCCGUCUUCGCGAUCGACGUCGAUGGCGACGGCGACGUCGACCCGCUGGCGACAUCCGUGCAGGACGACACGGUCGCCUGGUACGAGAACGACGGGUCCGAGUCUUUCACGGAGCGCGUCGUCACGACGCUCGCGGAGUAUGCCUUCUCCGUCUUCGCCAUCGACGUCGACGGCGACGGCGACGUCGACGCGCUGUCGGCGUCCUCCGACACGGUCGCGUGGUACGAGAACGAUGGGUCCCAGUCCUUCAUCAAUCGCGUCAUCACCGCCUCGGCGGACCAAGCCACCUCCAUCUUCGCGAUCGACGUCGACGGCGACGGCGACGUCGACGCGCUGUCGGCGUCCUCCAACGACGACACGGUCGCGUGGUACGAGAACGACACGGGCGAGGACGACGAACCCCCCGUCUUCGCCGAGCACAUCAUCACGACGCUCGCGGACGCCGCCUUCUCCGUCUUCGCCAUCGACGUCGACGUCGACGGCGAC